UCGAGAAGCUUUGGCUCGUUGUGAUUCAGUGUUAAAGGAUACCUUCGGUUUCACCCCCACAAUUGGAGAGGCACAACGUGUGCCAGGUGCUAAGUUUGUGAUCGAUUCGGCGGAGCCAAGUGAAGCGGGGUCACCAUGCGAGCUAUUAUGUUGUUAUCCUGCCUGGGCCUGCUGGUCUGCGUCCAGUCAGCGGUGACAGGACCUGAGGCUCGUUCCAGCGUGGACUCCAAGGAUCAGCAGCUGGCCACCGCGAGCGUCGGAAUCCUGGACUCCGUGCUGCGAGGAAAGAGCCGCCAGUCGCGCUGCGUGAGAUGCUACGAGGAUCGGGAUAGGGAUCGGUACUACAGCGGAUACUCCAGUCGAACGGGCGACGAUUUGCGAGGCAGCAGUGCCUGGUACUACUCCGGCUAUGAUGACCGUGGCAGCAGCAGGGAUAGGGAUUACGAUCGGUACUACGAUCGCUCUCGCUAUUACGACGAUCGGUACUCUCCCAGGACCUACGAUCGGUACGAGGGGCGUGGCUACGAUGACUAUAGAAGGGGAUCUGGUUACGGAGGAUCCUAUGAUCGGGAGCGGGGAUACGGAUAUGACAACAGGGAUCGUUACUACGGUGGUGAUCGCUAUAGCGAGGGGUCUUCCAGAGACCGCUACUACGAUCGCUCCAGGUCCGGCGGCUAUGAUCGCUACGAUCCGUACGAUCGCUACUACUCCAGGUAUGAUUUUCGCAACUAUCGCCCUUGGGAUGAGACCUACAGGGGCCAGUCCGGCUUCGAUAACUCCGGACGUGGCUAUUACUUUGCCACCGAUGACGACGAAAGUGACAGAAGUCGAGGCUAUGGCUACUCCUACGCGCGACCCUCCUCCUCGAUGAGCUCACCCUGCGGCCGAAUCUCCGGAAAUUGUCCUUAUGCCGGCGGCUCCAAGGUCACCUCUUCGGCCAUUGGCAGUGACAGCUCGCGGGUGGGUGGCCACACGAAUGUCCUGGGCUCGGAGGGCGGUCCCGGCAGCUGGACCUAUCUGGGGGAUCAGGAUAAGGUCGGGGGCAGCAGCGGCAGCAGCAGCGGAUCAGGCGGUAGCAGCAGCAGCAGCAGCAGCGGCGGCAGCAGCGGCCCAAGCGGCAGCGGCGGCAGUCGGGAGCGGGAACGGGAGCGGGACAGGGAGCGGGAUGCACAGAGCUCUUCCUAUGGUGGCCGACCACGUCCUCUAGGCGUCAGCUAUCUGCUCGAGCGGGACGCGGACACUCCGUCGGAUGGCCCAGGAAACACGGCGAGUACCGCCGGAAAUGGUGGAAGUAACGGUGGUGGUGGUGCUGGUGGUCAGAGCAUGCCCGUCCCAGCUGCCCAGACGGCCGCCGAGGGAAGCUCCGGCACGGCUGGUCAGUAGCUGGACAAGGACCCAGAACCGAAUCCAUAUCCCGAUCCAGGUGCGGAUACAGUGCAGCGGCUGGGAGGGAUGGCCGGCCGGUGGGCGUGGACGGGCCUAGUGUAACCUACCGUCCGUAUUUAUGUGUAAUUCGUAAGCUAAGUCUCCAAAGAAACUAUUUAUGUGUGGCACAGCUUUGCUCAAAUAAACAAUUUUUCAAAG